CAUAUAUAUAUUCCUCCUCCAUAUGUAAUUCUGUCGAAAUGUAGACAUCACAUCACCACAAAUAUAAAAGCUGUCCACUUGCUUUAACAUCCCCACCGUCCUCCAUCUCUCUCUUGACCAUUUUCAAUUUUCCACUGCUACUCUCUCUCUCUCUCUCUCUCUCUCUCUCUAUCUUCCAUCAAUCAUCCAUGGCCAUGGGUGCUGGUUUUGUUGUGAGCUUGGUGGUUCUGAUGGCUAUGGCGGACCACUCUAAUGGAGCUUACUGUGUUUGCAAUAGCGGGGUUAAUGACAGUGCCCUUCAGAAGAACAUCGACUAUGCCUGUGGGAAUGGAGCAGACUGCUCGGCGAUCCUCCAAAACGGAGCCUGUUACAACCCCAACACUGUCAAGGAUCACUGCAAUUAUGCCGUCAAUAGUUAUUAUCAGAAGAAGUCUCAGGUUUCUGGAAGCUGCGAUUUCGUCGGCACUGCCACCGUCACCCAAACCCCCCCAAGUGCAGCUUCUGGCUGUGUGUACCCUUCAAGUCCCAGCGGCGGCACAACAAGCCCCGGCACCGGCACCGGCGGCGGCGGCGGCGGAUUGACGCCGGGCUCAUCAACGCUGACUCCUCCCGGCAUCGCAUUUGCCCCGGGCAGCGGCGGCGGAGGAUUUACAGACAACAGUGGUGGUAGUAUGGAGACAUUAUUGCCCCAAACUGCCAACACCUUAUUUGUGCUCUUGUCGUUCUCCCUAACUUAUGCUCUCAUCUGCCCAACACUUUGACAAGAAAAAAGAAAACUACUACUGUAAUUUUUUUUGGUUGUUUUUUCUUGGGUCAGAAGAGAGAAGGGUCAAAAAUGCUGUCCUCCUCUGUUUAGAAUUUUCCCAUAUGUAUUGUGUACAUGUACCUAGAUAGAUAAGAGGACACUGCUGUAAUAAAAAUUGACCUAAAUUAGUCCAAAAUGUCAAAAA